GGGGGGAGCCCCGGAGAGCCCCGCGCGGGUGCUUCCCCGAACCUCCAGCCGUGGCUUUUCACUUCAGUGCCGAAGGGGUUGGGGAUUGGAAGGAGCUAAUAAAGAGUGAAUGAGCUACAGCCGCCAGCUACGGCGGCUGGAGACCGAGCGAGCACCCCGAGCUGUGCUAGGGGAAGGAGGGGAAGAGGGGAAGAGGGGAAGGAGGCGGAGGAGGAGGCGGAGGAGCAGAGGCAGCUCUCGCUCCUGUCCCUCCCACUCUUCCUUCUCUCCUCUCUCUCUCCCUGUUCUCUCCUCCGGCUGCACCGGCAGCCCAGCUCCGUCCUGUCCAUCCCUCCCUCCCCGCACUCACGCCCCCACUCGUCCCCUCACCAUCCCUCCAGCCUCGCAUCUCAUCCAAGGCACCCCCUUUCCCAACUGCCAUGGGUUAGGGUCCGGGCGGAGCGGAGGAAAAGGGAGCCCCAAAGCCAAACACUCAAUAAACCUGCCGCUUUCUCGCUGGCUGCCGGCUCGCCUGGGCUCCCAGGGAUGGGGAGAGCGCUCUGAGCCCGCGCCCCGGGGACGGGGAAGGAGGAGACAAGCGGGGCCAGGAGUAAAGAGCAGCUCAAAAGAGGGCGAGCAGAAGGGAAAGCGGUGGAGAGAUGAUUGCAGAGUUGGUGAGCAGCGCCCUGGGGCUCGUCUUGUAUCUCAACACCCUGAGUGCGGAUUUCUGCUACGAUGACAGCCGAGCUAUCAAGACUAAUCAGGAUCUUCUCCCAGAAACGCCAUGGACCCACAUAUUCUACAAUGAUUUUUGGGGGACUCUUCUUACCCAUAGUGGCAGCCACAAGUCCUAUAGGCCACUCUGUACCCUUUCUUUCCGUUUCAAUCACGCCAUUGGAGGCUUGAACCCUUGGAGCUACCAUCUUGUCAAUGUUCUGCUGCAUGCAGCAGUCACCGGCCUCUUCACUAGCUUCUCCAAGAUCCUCCUUGGUGAUGGACACUGGACCUUCUUUGCUGGCCUCAUGUUCGCUUCCCACCCAAUUCACACUGAAGCAGUGGCGGGCAUCGUGGGCAGGGCCGACGUGGGAGCCAGCUUCUUCUUCCUGCUCUCUUUGCUGUGUUACGUGAAGCACUGCUCCACGAGAGGCUCCACGUCGGGCACCUGGGGCUGGUUCCUCGGGACAGGACUCUGUGCUGGAUGCAGUAUGUUGUGGAAGGAGCAAGGAGUGACUGUGCUGGCCGUGUCAGCGGUUUAUGAUGUCUUUGUCUUUCACAAACUGAAAAUGGACCAGAUCUUACCUUCUAUUUACAAAAGGAAGAAUGUGCCUCUUUUCCUCAGUGUUGGCUUACUGACUUUUUGGGGGACCUCACUUCUGGGGGCCCGUCUCUACUGGAUGGGGAACAAGCCACCAAGCUUCUCCAACUCAGAUAAUCCUGCAGCUGAUUCAGACAGUGUGGUGGCACGCACUCUGACCUUCCUCUACCUGCCAACCAAGAACCUCUGGCUGUUGUUAUGCCCAGAUACCCUCAGCUUCGACUGGUCCAUGGAUGCAGUGCCAUUGAUAAAAACCAUCUGUGACUGGAGAAACCUCCACACUGUGGCCUUCUAUACAGGACUCUUUCUCCUUGCCUACUUCAGCCUGAGGAACCCAAGCACCAAGAGAGAGUGCAAUGGAAAAGCUAUCCCCAAUGGCAAGCAGAAUGUGAAUGGGCACAGCUGCCAGUCAGACACAGAGUACCAAGACUCUGAGCCUAAGCCCAGCUUUGCAGAAAAAGUAGAAAAUGGCAUUAAAAACCAUGUCCCCCAGCAGCCAUCACUUCCUUCCACAGAGAACAUCGUUGUCCUGUCGCUGUCUUUGUUAAUAGUCCCCUUUGUCCCUGCCACAAAUUUGUUUUUUUACGUUGGCUUUGUAAUCGCAGAGCGAGUGCUGUAUAUUCCUAGUAUGGGCUUUUGCCUCUUAAUUACAGUAGGGGCCCGAGCCCUGUAUGUCAAAGCCCAAAAACGUUUUCUCAAGAAUUUAAUUUUUUAUGCCACAGGUGCACUAAUUGUUUUUUAUGGGCUCAAGACUGCCAUCAGGAAUGGGGACUGGCAGAAUGAAGAGAUGCUAUAUAGGUCGGGAAUAAAAGUCAACCCAGCAAAAGCUUGGGGUAACCUCGGAAAUGUCCUCAAGAGCCAGAGCAAGAUUUCUGAAGCUGAGAACGCCUAUAGAAAUGCUUUGUACUACCGUAGCAACAUGGCGGAUAUGCUCUAUAAUCUGGGAUUACUUCUACAAGAGAACAGCCGAUUCACAGAAGCCUUGCAUUACUAUAAGCUGGCGAUUGGUAGCAGGCCAACAUUAGCUUCUGCCUAUUUAAAUACUGGUAUUAUUCUCAUGAACCAAGGGAAGACUGAAGAAGCCCGCCGCACAUUCUUAAAGUGUUCGGAGAUCCCUGAUGAGAAUUUGAAGGAUCCUCAUGCCCAUAAGAGCUCUGUUACCAGCUGCCUUUAUAAUUUGGGAAAACUCUAUCACGAACAAGGACGCUAUGAGGAAGCACUCACUGUAUAUAAGGAAGCCAUUCAGAAAAUGCCCAGGCAAUUUGCUCCACAGAGCUUGUAUAACAUGAUGGGUGAAGCCUACCUGAGGCUAAGCAAACUACCAGAGGCAGAACAUUGGUAUGUGGAAUCCUUGAGAUCUAAGACUGACCAUAUCCCUGCUCAUCUCACCUAUGGGAAACUCUUGGCUUUGACAGGACGUAAAAAUGAGGCUGAGAAAUUCUUCUUGAAGGCUAUUCAGCUGGAUCCCACCAGAGGAAACUGUUACAUGCAUUAUGGCCAAUUCCUUCUAGAAGAAGCUCGAGUGAUGGAGGCAGCUGAGAUGGCCCAGAAAGCGGCAGAGCUGGAUAGUGAUGAGUUUGAUGUUGUCUUCAAUGCAGCACACAUGCUCAGACAAGCUAGCCUCAAUGAAGCAGCUGAGAAAUAUUAUGAACUGGCAGCCAGGCUGAGACCUAAUUAUCCGGCUGCCCUGAUGAAUCUCGGAGCCAUUCUCCACCUCAAUGGCAGACUUCUCAAAGCUGAGGCCAACUACCUGCAGGCCCUUCAGCUGAAACCUGAUGAUGUCAUCACCCAGUCCAACCUCCGCAAACUGUGGAACAUCAUGGAAAAACAAGGAUUAAAAACUUCUAAGACAUGACCCAGGAGGCUGGGAACUUCUUAUCUUCUUGAUGCCAAGCCGACUUAAAACGGAACAGGACUUCCAGGAGGUGGUGUGGCAAGAGCUCCCAAUGGAUUUCAUGAUUAAGAGCAGUGGUCAUCGCAACUUCAGGAAAGAUCUAGUCUGUUUUUGGCACAGCAGUUAUGCCAAAAAGGGAAGCGGCGGGAACCUCAUGAAGAAUUGAACUGGUAUCCAUUUUUAAAAUAUAUAUAUAUUAAAUCAGAGCGCUUAAAGCUGAAUAUUUUGGUUUCAAAAAGGAAUCCAAGUUAGAAUUUCGCUGGUUUUCUAUUCAAAUUUUGAAAGUGAGCUUGUUUCUUCAGCACUAUGAGAGGACAUGGCAGCAACUGUCCAUCCAGAGGAAGGCAAAACACAUGGUUAAAAUGGUAACCUGACGUAUUUGUAGAAACUAUAAUUGAUGACAAUUGAGAUGAAAACGAAACCUAUUUGCAGUCUGUCCUAUUGCUGCUGUAUCUCUCCUUAGGGCAGGCUGCUUAUCAAUUUCAGAGGCUUACAGAACUAUUUUUUGAUAUGUUAGGAGCUGUCAGACUCUUGCAGUUCCCUCUUGACAAGUGUACAUCAUAUUUUUUAUUAUGUUGAUGUCACUAGCUUCAUUACUCUGAGCAGUGCUUGCUUUGCCUGUCCUAGAAACAAUAAGCAAUAUGUAGCUAAUUAUACAUCCCCCUAUAUUUCUAACAGGGUGAAAGAUAUUACAUGUCAUGCAUUUAAAAAAAUUCCGUGGUUAACAAAAUUAUUACCAACUUUCCCUCCCCCCCAAAAAAUUUAGAUUGGGCAGCAUAAUGAAAUUUUUAUGCUUUCUAAAAAUUAUUAUUCUUAUUUUUUAAAUCAGUUUGAUUCCCUUAGAUGGAAUACAAUAAAAAGUAAAACAAAACAAAACAAAACAAAAUUAUCUCUUUCAAAAUUAAGCCUGAAGCAAAAACUCAAUCCUAGCAAAAUUUAUAAAUAUUGAAAUCACAAACUAACCAGCAGUUGUUGGGGAGGUUUAAAAAAAUAAAGAAUAUGUUUAGUACCACCCAGAAAACGUUGCCUUUUAAAAAGUGAUUAGACCAAAAGGCUUUUGAGUAACAGUAAUAAGUAUGGCUCCUAGUUGUGUAGCAUUUGGGACAAUGCAGUCAAAUUUCCAUCAAAAGCAUAGCUCCUUAGUUCUUGACCAUGCUACCAACAGCAAUGCUGUUAUAUCUCUACAGUUUGAAUUUAUCCUCCAAGUUAUUAUUGCACUUUUCCUAAAUGACUUCAUAAAAGUAAUUUAUUUGGAGCUGCAGUGUUGUGGAGCUAUAGCCCAUAUUUUUCUAGGUCAUUUGCCAAAUGCUCUCCUUCGUUCAUAAGCAACAUCUUUCAUGAGCAAAUUCGCCAUUACCUUUUAUUACCUGUUGGUGGCUACUAGAGCUUUGGCUUUAAUAUGAGGAGGGGGAGAUCACUGACAGAUGCUCCCACAAGUCACAUUUCAACCUUGAUACUAAAACUCAAGUUGGUAAAACCCCAUCCUAUUGCAAAGUACUUCUUGAAGAAAGUACCUGUACAAUGCUAUAUGUAUUUAUUUAUUUAUUAUUUGACCAGAGUAAAAACAAAGCAAAAUAAUAAAACCUUUUAUUAAGCCAAUCCUCUGCGAAGUAGAUUAGUUUUUUUUCCUUUGCUUUAUCUUUCACACUUCAUUUUUGUAUGAUUACUGCUAAAAGGGAAAUGGGACAUCCAUAUAACUUAUUGUACGUUGUCUCCAAACACCAUAUUUUUUUUCUUUUCCUUUUUGUUUUUGACUAGUUAGGAGAGCACAAUGAGAUUAAAUCAUUUUAUUGUACUCUUCUUGUGGCAUUAAUUUUUUUUAAGCUUGAUAAGACCAAAUUGUAUGAACAUUUUCUGGAUAGGGUUACUAUGUGAGCCCUUUCAAAGAGGGCAUGUAAAUUAUCCUGAGAAAUAUUGAGAUAAAAUGGUCAAAAAAUGAAUGACUAUCAGAUCCCAGUGUUUUCCUAAUGAGGCAUGGAAACCCAAGGUGAAACUAAUAUGGUGGGUAGAAAUAUUUUUCUUCUGCCACAGCUUCAUGGCAAUUUUUUAAAGGGAAUUUAAUAUAAUGAUAUGAAUGAAUUCAGUGUUUAACUGUGGUAUUUAUUUAAAAUGGUUUUUGAACUUUCAUAGCUUCCUGGUCAUAACCCCUCACUGUCUUUCUUUGUUCUUCCUUUCAAUGUGUUGGUUCUCAAGUAUGUCCAUUGAUCACCCAUGAGAGUCACUCCAAGUUGACAUAGCAUCUGAAUAGCAUUGUGGACUGGAUCUGUGUCAAAAGAUGCAAGGAUAUUUAAGAAUGUCCCUGAUGCUUUCCAGUUACAGGGCUGGGCUCAAUAACUAACCAACUUUGGGGGGGAAAGACAUUAAAACAUGAUCAACAAAUAUGUGUCUCUGCUCAGGGAUUUAUGGUGGAUUAUUGCAGACAGUGCUAAAAAUAAAUAAAUAAAGAGCACAAGACAAGUUUACUAAAUUAAAAUUUUAUUUUUUGAGAAACUGUUAUUUGUAUAAAUUAUCAAGAUUUGUAGCCUUUCCUUUUGUAGAAAUAAUUGUUUUAUGUGCCAGAGAAGAGAAAUUCAAUUUUGUUUUCAACAAUAAAGCAUUGAUAACAAA